GUGCAGUGCGUGCAGUGCGGUGUGUCCAGCGGAGCAGUGCAUGCGGGGGGGGGGGGGGGGGGGGGGCGCAGCUCCCGGCGCUCUGAACCCCCCGAGCCCGGGGCAGCCCCGGCAUUUCCCCACGGCCAACGGCAGCCGGGCAGGAGGGGGUGGUUACACCUCGGGAGCGCGGCCCCCCCCCAGGGCCGGGCCCCCCGGGGCGGGGCGGGACGAGGCGGGGCCGCCCCUGCCCCCCCCCCCCGCCGCCUCCCGCGGGCGCGCAUGUGCCCGCGGCUCCGCUCCGCUCUCCCGGGAGCUCCGCGGUGCCGCAGCCCGACGCCUCCCGCUGGGACCGGGCCGAGCCGAGCCGGGCCUGAGCCGAGCCGAGCCUGGCUAAGCCGAGCAUAAGCGGGCCGGGCCAUGGCCCCGCCGUGCGCCGGGGCGCUGCGCUGCGCGCUGCUCUGCGCGUUGCUGUGCGCGCAGGGGUCCGCUCCCACCCGCGCAGAUUUGGCAGGAGACUGCGGCGAGCUGAGGUCCUGCGAGACAUGCACGGCCAGCACCACCUCACACAACAGCACCGGCUGCGUCUGGAUGGGCUGCGGGACCCCCGAGGAGCCAGAGACAGGGAGCUGCGUGCACAGAGGGGCAGCAGCGCGGGAGACCUGUGUGCUCUACAACACCAGUGCCCUGUGUCGAGCGCUGAAAUCCCCCACUGAAGAGCCUCCACAGUCCCAUAGCAAGGAGCCGGCGACGCACUCCCCAAAGACCACCACCACCAGCGCCCCGUUGACGGGCAGCCCCGAGUUUCACCCACCCGGCUUUGACACGGCCAGCUUCAUCGGCGGCAUCGUGCUGGUGCUGAGCGUCCAAGCCGUGGUCUUCUUCAUCGUCAAGUUCAUCAAGUCGAAGGACAGCACCUACCAAACGCUAGAGGACAACCAGUAGGUUCUGGGUGCCGGCGGCGAUGGAGAGGGGGUUGCCCCCUGCACCCCGAGAGCUUCACCCCUCCCUUGCCCCUCCCUGGGGGGGGAUGGCGUGGUCCCUCUCUCCUGUUUUGCAUGAAGGGGGUUUCCUGGCUGGUUUGCUGUUUUCCUGGGAGUUGUUAGCAGUGGAAGGGAAGGGGGGUGUCCCCCCCCCCCCGAGCCCCCCAUUCAUGCACAGAGCCCCUGGCAGGAUGCAGCCGAUGCACGGCCCCUUGGCACAUCCAUGCCCCCGGGUGAAGUGCCCCCGACUCCCCCCCAGCCCCACGGUGACAGGGUGAAGCCCCCCCCUUCCUCCUGACCACCCUCAGCAGGACGGGAGCUGCCAGACCCAGUUUGGUCCCAGUUAGAGAGCACCCAGCAGCCCCCCUCCCUGCCCUGGGCACCCCCUGCCCCUUUGCCUCCCCACAGUCUUGGGGCUCACUGUGGGGAGGGCUUGGGGAUCCCCUCUUCCCCCAGCAGGUUCUCAGGUGCUUUUUCUUUCAGCAUUUUGGCUGGAGCACCCAGCCUCUGCUCCAACACCCUCCCCUCCCCGUCCCAGCCCACCCCGGCCCCCCCAGCCCCUCUGUGCCUGCCGGAGGAGCGGAGCCAGGGCCUUGCUGUGUGCUUUUGCUGUGCCUCUGUGUUGCUGUGGGGGUGUAAGGGGGGGGGGUCCCCAACUCCAUCUCCCCCCCCCUUUCCUUUCUGUGUGUUGUUUUGGGGAGCAGGGUGCGUGUUGUGUGCCGUGGGGUGAGACUUGUAGCUCGGGCUGCCCCAAUUAAACUCUGCGAGGUGG